GGAAGUAGCAGCAGCAGCGACAUCUCUUUCCAUCGUCUGCCUCCUUCCAUUCUCUCGAGUCUCGAGCUUUCUGGGUUUCAUCUUUUGCUUUUUUUCAUAACUGGAAAAACAUCAAGCAACAAUCGACACGCGCGGCUGGUCGCAACUUGGACAUAGCACCACCUACCCCCGGAUUCUUGUAAAUUACCCACACGUACCAACUACCAAUCAAUACAGAUACCCGACUUUGGAUCAUCACCACGGUCGACCAGGACUUGGACAGCUGGACUCACACGACUGACCUGCAUUGAUGUCCGAUACGACAACAAGGUGCAUGUUAUAACCGAUCCGAGCAGCCACUCAAGUUCCCGACGACAGCGACAGCAACAGCAAUAGCGACAAGUCGCCCUGCUGCUGCUGCUGCUGCUGCUGCUGCUGCAUUCUUGCUUCUCCCAUCCAUCCCACAGCGACGAUCCCGCAACACAAGACCGCAUCACUGGACUGGCUGGCCACAACAGACAGAAAAAGCGACCCGGACUUGCGCCUGAAAACACUGGCCCCCAUCUGGUCGCAACUGCGAGGCCUAUGUGUUCUUACCACCAUCACCGACAGCAAUGGCAAUGCUGAACAGCCAACCCGCGCGAUCAAGCCUACAAGUGGCCCCCUUGGCGAUACAGAAAACCCGCAGCAAUGGAUCAAGUGUGGCCGACUCAUCAGACCCAUAUUCGCAAUCACAGAUAACGCCGCCAGCGACCCCGAAUGGAUCCCAGGAGGACCUCUACACGCAGGCGGAGGAGCACGCUCAGAUGGAAAUCGAAAUGGCCACCGAGCCGCCCGUCUUUCAUAAUUUUCUGAGGGCCUUUUAUCCCUUCCAGCCAGAAAACACUGUGAACGACUCCACCGUCACCCUCCCGCUGAACGAGGGCGAUGUUGUCCUGGUCCACUCGAUUCACACCAACGGCUGGGCCGACGGCACUCUGCUAGUCAAUGGCGCAAGAGGGUGGCUUCCUACCAAUUACUGCGAGGCGUACGACCCUGACGAGAUGAGGAGCUUGUUGAAGGCGCUGCUCAACUUUUGGGACAUGAUGCGGGCAACGUGUGGGAAUGACAGCGAAAUGUUUGGAAACCAGGAAUUCAUGAAGGGAAUCAUUGCCGGUGUUCGCUAUUUAUUGGAGCGUACACACUGUCUGACAAGAGAAUCACCCCUCGUGCAACAAUACGAUGGGCUACGGCGAAACCGGAAGUCACUAUUGUCAGAAUUAUCAUGCCUGGUCAAGACAGCUAGGCGGCUGCAUGAUGCCCAGCGCAUGGGCAACGUGGAGGAGGUCAACGAAGUGGUGGACGAAAUGAUUCUGCGUGCCUUCAAGAUUGUCACCAAGGGAGUGAGGUUCUUGGACGUCUUGGAAGAGGAGAGGAGACCGCUGGUGCCCACAAUCGCAGCCAUAACGGCAGCUGAGGACAACCAGGUUCCACCAACGCCACCAGCAGAGUCAUCCAACUUUGAUGCCGGUUAUGGCCCGGCAGCGGAUGCAGGUUCCCGCGCCGAGGACGACGGGGAGACUGCCGAGAGGGCACAGUACGCGGCCAGCGACGUGGCACGAAGUCUGACCCCAGCCGAAAACCGUUUGUCUUCAGUUUGCACACAGAAUACAAAUGCCCGCCGUCUGUCUCAGGUCGGCCCACUCCAAAUUCAUCGCCCGUCUUCCACCCUCUCUCAUCGUCUCAGCAUCGCAGGUCCCUCACCCCUGGCGCACUCGCAGAAUCUAGUGUCGGAAAAGCUCAACGCCUGCCACGAUAUUUUCCUCUCGCACUUGGGCUCAUUCAUCGGGCGGCUACAUCUCCAGUCGCAGUCGAGGCCCAGUCUUGCUCGUGCCGUCAAACAGUCAGCAACAUCGGGAGGGCAGCUUUUGGUGGUGGUGGAUGUUGUCUGCACACACAACGCGGCAGUCAUCGAUGUGUUGGAGCAGUCUCGUGCGGCCAUGUACGACCGUAUCCAGGAGCUGGUGCACACGGCGCGCGAUAUACUCGCCAAUGCCACAUUGGACAUGGAAGAAGACGUGAUCGUCCCUCAGGAUAAUGGCCGGUUAUUGGGCGCCGCAACGGGUUGCGUCAAAGCCACUGGCGAAUGUGUGGCCAAGACAAAAUGGGUGAUCGAAAGAAUCGGCGACUUCGAGUUCGAGUUUGACAAUGGGAGUCUGGGCGUCAACUUUGACCUUUCGGCAUUGACGCUGGUUCGGGAGGAGAAGGACUCCAAGUACUGCCCAUCUGAGUCGGCAAGCAUCGCUGGAUCAACCGUGUCCGAAACACCAACGGCGUCGACAGCAAUUUCCGUCACAUCUUCGGCCCCCGUUCCGUCUGUCGUGCUCUCGAUCGACAAGCCACUUCCCGAUGUUCCGCAGGUCACCUCGCCAAUUACCGAGCAGCCAGUUUCGCAUCCCUUGCCUUCAGACUCGAGACCACAAUCACUCCCGAUGCGUGACCGUGCCUCCAGUGUCGUCCAGACCGCGUCCUACAACCGUGCCGACCUCCCACCACUACCAAGAAUAUCAACCGCCUCUCUCCCAAUGGAUACCUAUAGUCCCCUCGAGCCAUCCAGCACGAAUGGAAGCGAUUUCCGCUCGUUCCGCUCGGAAAGCAUGACCGCCUCGAGCUCGGGCUCGGGUAGCACAUAUCUCAGCCGGCAUUCAGAGUCCAGCAUUCUGUCGCAGACCUCGACGCGUGCCACCACACCCGACAGCACACAAGCUCCAAGGAACCAGCCGUCAUUCUCCGAUUUGAGCACGACCGAGACCACGAGCCAGGCCGAGGAGGUGGAUGAUGUCGAGUCCAGACUGAUUGAGAAGACGUUUGCCCACGAGCUGGUGUUCAACAAGGAGGGCCAGGUCACGGGUGGCUCGCUCCCCGCCCUGGUCGAGAGACUUACCACCCACGAGUCAACACCUGAUGCCAUGUUUGUCUCGACCUUUUAUCUCACCUUUCGGCUCUUUUGCACUCCGACAGCGCUUACACAGGCUCUCGUUGAGCGUUUCGACUAUGUCGGUGAAAGUAGCACCAUUGCCGCCCCGGUGCGCUUGCGCACGUACAAUGUCUUCAAGGGCUGGCUCGAAUCACACUGGAGGGAGGGGACAGACCGUGAAGCCCUUGACUUGAUCAAGGAAUUCGCCCAAGUCAAACUAGCGGCCAUUCUUCCCUCGGCCGCCAAGCGCCUCCUCGAUCUUGCCGAGAAGGUGUCUGUCGCCGAUGGUGCGCUGGUCCCUAGGUUCGUGUCAUCCAUGGGCAAAUCAGGCGCCACGGGCACCCACUACAUCCCCGCCGAGACACCGGUUCCUGCGCCUGCCAUGACCAGAAGCCAGACCAAUGCCCUGACUGCUUGGAAGGCCGGGGGCAGCUGCCCAUCCAUCUUGGACUUUGACCCUCUGGAGAUUGCGCGCCAGCUUACCAUCAAGCAGAUGUCUCUCUUCUGCUCGAUCCUGCCGGAGGAGCUCUUGGGAUCCAAAUGGACCAAGCUUGCUGGAGUUGGUGCCCCCAACGUCAAGGCCAUGUCGGCUUUUACCACAGGUCUCUCCAACCUGGUUGCCGACACCAUCCUGCAGUACGACGAGGUCAAGAAACGGGCGUUGGUCAUCAAGCACUGGAUCAAGAUUGCCAGCCAAUGCUCCUCGCUGCAUAACUACGACGCCCUGAUGGCCAUUACUUGCGCACUCACCGACACCAGCAUCAAGCGCCUCAAGAUGACAUGGGACACUGUGAGCGUCAAGCGCAAGGAUAUGCUCAAGUCGCUGCAAUCCACAGUGGACUUCAACCAGAACUACAAGGCCCUUCGCGCCCGGCUUCACGACCGUGUCCCUCCAUGCCUGCCAUUUCUGGGCAUGUUCUUGACUGAUCUCACCUUUGUCGAUGUUGGCAAUCCUGCUACCAAAACCAGCGAUACUGGGCUGGUGGUCAUCAACUUUGACAAGCACACCCGCACGGCCAAGAGCAUCGGCGAGCUGCAGCGCUUCCAGAUCCCCUACCGCCUGACUGAGGUGGCCGACCUGCAAGAAUGGCUGUCCAGCCAGAUCGACCGAGUCCGCGAAAAGGACAAGGCGGGUGCCAACACGCAGGCUUCCCACUAUCGCAAGAGUCUUCUUCUCGAGCCGCGCGAAGUGCAACAACUCCGAACCCCCGUCGAACCACCCACUCCGGCUGUCACAGGCAGCGGCAUGUUUGCUUGGAUGCGUAGCAAUAGUGGUACUACCACCGCCACCCAAGGCUUAUCGGCGCCUCUUUAAACUACAAUCUCUACCAAAACCAUCAUCUUUCCCUACAUCACACAUCAUUGACGACGGAUGGCGGCCUGUUUCACGUUUUACUCUUGUUUUAUGAUACCCCUAUUUGCAUACUGGUCUGCUGCACUAUUUUUUACGACAUGAUGAAGACAGGACUGCCAUCCGCUACCUUGGCCAACAUCAUGCCUCAAAUGUUUUAUUUCUACCUACCUUACUAGAGCACAUCUCCUGCGAAGGAAACCUGUACGGCAAACGUCAUAUGCUUUUCUCUCUGGAACUCGCCUCGCUGGAUACAACAAUCUUGGCAAAGGGACAAAGUGGAGGGUCGCUUGUUUAGGCCGGACAGGGAUAUCGGAAGGGAAAAGCCUUGUACAUAGUUGUUUGUUGUCUUUUUUUCUCAAGCUCUUCUUUCUUCAUGUAUACCCCUUUUAUGCGCAUCGGUUUCUGGGACACCGGGCUGUGGGGCUUGCUUUUAGUGGUCAUCGGCCGUGAGAUGGAAAAACAGGACAUGGAUGGCAUUGGGCCGGGGAGAAGGGGAAGACAUCAUCUGGAUUUCGACCUGGUUGGAUGGAUGAAUGAUAGCACGACGAGCAGAGGACCCAGAAAGUACUCAAUACCAGCUUCAAUUGAAGUGUUCUGCUCAAAACCCGGGCCCCUUUCACAUGGCGCAGGCAGUUGUAUUACUUGUCAGCCACAUGUUCGGCUUGAUGUGACUGUCACCAGAGUCAUGGGCCGGUCAGAAACCACGUGCCCCUUAUAUUUCCAGACCUUGGCCAGGCAGAUGAUAUCUCUCCCAUUUAAAGCUAAUAAUCUAUACAUGGACUUCAACCUCA